GGUAGUCAGCACUUUCUUCCAGAGAGAUUCGGGAGGGCCCCUCCCCGAAUUUGACCAGUUCGUUCCAGAGCAAUGCCGCCAGUGUGAAUGAGGUCUGACUCAAUGAUAGGGCCAGAAUGCUCUGACCCUAUUUGCUUUUCCUUGAGACAGGGUCAGCAACUUAAUCUGCUUUUCCUUGAGAUUCCUAUGAGCUUAAUACCUCUGCAGCUUCUACAUUUUUUCUUUUUUCCUUUGCCUUUUGCAUGCCUUACUUUGGCCUUAUUGUUACGCUCCAGACUUUCCCUUCACCUCUCUCUCAAUUCUUUUACUUCUAGUUAUGAUGGUUGUAGCUGGUGUCAUCACCUAGCAAAAUCAGAGUGCAGCAGAUGAUCUUGGAAAACUUAUUUUUCAGUACCCCAGCCAACAUGGCCAGUAGGGCAUUUGGGGUUGUAGAAAAAGGAAAUAACAUUAAAAUUGUGGAGCCUAGAUAUUGGGAGGCCCAACUGAUCUGAGACUCUCAUUUUAUGCAACCCCUAGUUUCUGGAGAUCAUGUCUUUAUGAUGGGCUGAGAUGGAAUUACAGGAUAUAGAGAUGUUCAAAAGAGGCUCCAGAAGGUGAUGUGAGCAGUUUAGGUUUCACCAGCUGUAACCCUUAGGAAAAAUGGGAUCAUGAAGAGAAGAAAUAUUUGAUCUUCCCUAUUUGAAAUCUCACUGUGAUCUCUGAAUAAUCAGUUUGAGUACCUUUAUCAUCAUGGUUACAGUAGUAAUAGUGGAUGUUUUGGGGCUACUAGUCCCAUAAUGUUUCAGCAUUAGCUAGGAUCUGAAAGGCCACAGUUGCCCAUCCCUGUUUUACUUAGUAGCUGGAAAGGAUGAACCACUGGAGGAAAAAGCUUCACUUUCAGAGGCUGUUCUCUGAUGGUCUUGGAAAUGACUUAAAAUCAAACGAAGAGCCCCUCUUAAGAAAAAAUCCUCGACGGUUUGUCAUUUUCCCAAUCCAGUAUCCUGAUAUAUGGAAAAUGUACAAACAGGCUCAAGCUUCUUUCUGGACAGCAGAAGAGGUUGACUUAUCUAAGGAUCUCCCUCACUGGAACAAACUGAAAUCAGAGGAGAAGUACUUUAUUUCACAUAUUCUAGCUUUUUUUGCAGCCAGUGAUGGAAUUGUGAAUGAAAACUUGGUAGAACGCUUUAGCCAGGAAGUGCAGGUCCCAGAGGCUCGCUGCUUCUAUGGUUUCCAGAUACUAAUAGAAAAUGUUCAUUCAGAGAUGUACAGUUUAUUAAUAGAUACUUACAUCAAAGAUCCUGAGGAAAGGGACUUCUUAUUUAAUGCUAUCGAAACAAUGCCAUGUGUCAAGAAGAAAGCAGACUGGGCCCUAAGGUGGAUAAGAGACAGGAAAGCCACAUUUGGUGAGAGAGUGGUUGCUUUUGCCUCGGUUGAAGGAAUCUUCUUCUCUGGUGCUUUUGCAGCUAUAUUUUGGCUCAAGAAGAGAGGGCUGAUGCCGGGUCUCACUUUCUCCAAUGAACUUAUUAGCAGAGAUGAAGGUCUCCAUUGUGACUUUGCCUGUCUAAUGUUUCAGUACCUAGUGAAUAAACCUUUGGAAGAAAGAGUCAGAGAGAUCAUUGUCAAUGCUGUUGAAAUUGAACAGGAGUUUUUGACAGAAGCCUUGCCAGUUGGCUUGAUUGGAAUGAACUGCACUCUAAUGAAACAAUAUAUUGAAUUUGUGGCUGACAGAUUACUUCUGGAAUUGGGCUUCUCUAAGGUCUUUCAAGCGGAAAACCCUUUUGAUUUCAUGGAGAACAUUUCUUUGGAAGGAAAAACCAAUUUUUUUGAGAAGAGAGUUUCAGAGUAUCAGCGUUUUGCAGUGAUGGCUGAAACAAAUGAUAAUGUGUUUACUUUAGAUGCUGACUUCUAGAAUUGCCUUCUUGGAAGAUGAAUCUUGCCAAAGUAUUCAUUUGCCACUGCUCCUAUUGCUUCUACUAGAAGUGGAGUGCCCUGGGAAUAUUUCUCUACUUCCUCACAGUUAAUGGAUUGUUUCUUAUGCAGUAUAUUUAUUGCAGACCGUGAUGUAAACAGAAUGAGUAUGUAUAUGUGUGUUUGUACUCGCUAAUCAAGGGGGCCUCUAUAAACUGGUACAACUUUUAUAGCCAGAGUUUAAUAUUAUUGUGCCAGACAUAGAGGCGACUCACUUGUAUAUGUAGCAGUAAGCUUAAAUUGAGUUUAAUAAUAAUACCUCAACCUUUAACAGCACAAUACAAUUUGUUCUCUCCUCGCCCCCAAUCAGCACUUGAUCCAUUGUGCUCAGAUGAAGGACUAAUUGCUGUGCAGCCUAUGGGGUGCUCCAGCAUAAGAAGAAUCCUACUGGAUCAGAAUAAAUAAUUAUUUUGCCUAGCAUCCUGUUUCACACAAUGGCCAACCUAUGGAAAACUUACAAGGAGGACACAAGGGUAGUACUGCGACACUAUUCUAGCAGCUGAAACUCAGAGACAUGCUAAAGAUGGCCAUUCCGUCCCCUCUUCAUUCAAGGGUUUUAGGUAUUCUUCACUGCCAGUUCAAACCACUGUAGCUUUCCAUCUAGUCAUUGGUGAGGACAUAGACUGAAGGCACUUGAUACUGCCAUAUUUCAGGUCAGUGCCUGAAUAAGAUUCCAACUAUAUGCCACCUUACCUCUUGCAAAGAAUGGUGAGAUAUCUGUGUGACCAUCUGUGUCAUUUUGAACCUGUCUGGAUGUUUAAGAUGUUCAGGACAUGCUAUCUUGAGAGUGCCAACUUUUGCAGAGGUGUGAACACCCAGAGGAGAGGGAUUUCCGUGUUUGAUAAAUUAUAGAGUGUACUCCCUCAUAGGUGUUGUUAGUUUCUGUUCUCACUGGUUUUAGGAAGGGUCUGGAGAUGCAUUUCUUUGAACUGGCUAUUUGAACUGUUACGAUGAUUUUUGGUUUUUGUGAUUAUUUUAAUGUUUUAUUGAUUUAAGCUCUUUUUCAUUUGUUUCUAAUGUUUCUUAGCUACCUUGAAUUCAAUUUCUUUUGUAGAAAGAAGAAAUUAGAAAUAAAUAAAUAAAUAAAUAAAUAAACCAAUAUAAAUAACACUAGGAGUGAAAGGCCACAAAGGUUCUCAGCCCUUAGUUGAAAUCAGUAUGCAGACACGUUUUCAUGGCAAAACAGAAUGCAGUACUGUGGUUUUAGAGUAGUGAUGUGUGUGUAUGCAUGUGCCUUCAAGUCUUCUGUUGACUUAUGGCAACCCUAUUAAUUUAACAUGGUUUUAUUUAUUUAUAUAUUUUAUUAAAGUAUUUUUGUAUCACCUCCCAAACCACAAGGGCUCCCAAGGCAAUGGUCAAAUAAAACCCAUUUAAAACAAUACAAAGAUUAAAAAAAAACAUUUUGAACCGCUUUGAUCAUUUUGGAAAAGCGGUAUAUAAAUAAAGUUUUAUAUAUUUUUCUAUAUAUUUUAAAAAUACAUUAAAAUAUUCUUUAAAUCUCCCUAUGAGCAGUCAGAAAAUAACAUUGGAGUCCAAUUUUAAAACAGUUAAAACAGUAAUUUGAAACAUUUAUUGCCCUGAGGAAUAGCAUUGUUUUGGCUGCCUGCUAAAAGCUUGAAAGAGACGGAGCCACCCUACUAACUUCCUUGGGUAGUGAGUUCCACAGUCAAGGCCCUGCUACAGAGGAAGUCCUGUUAUGUGUAUCCACUGACCUAACUUCACAAGAUGUUGGAACAUGUAACAGGGCCUCCUCUGAAGACCUCUUAAUUUCUGGCAGGCUUAUGAGGUGAUUUUGCCAGUUCCUUCUGCUGAAAUACAGCCUGGAGCACCAAGUAUCUGCUGGUGGUUUCCCAUCUCCUUAGCUUCCAAGAUUAGAUUCUGGUGCCUUUGGCUGGUACAUAUGUUUUAAAGGCCAAUUGGUCAGUGUACACUUGCUAUUGUACUCUGCCACAUUUCUGUGAUGAUUAAGUACAACAGUAACUUAAGUGGCAGUAAUAGUUUAAAGUUAAUACAGUAGUGAUAGAAGAACAUGGGCGGAGGAGGGCAGAAAAGCUGUUCAAAGAUGCUUUAAAAAUUAUUUGCCAAUUAUCUUAAUAGCUGGUUUAAAGACUAUUGAAUGUAGUGGAGCCAUAUAUGCUUUUUCCUAAGUCUACACAGUGUAAAAUAUCUUCUUGCAUGCUUGAAAACAAAACAAAACAAAACAAAAUGCAAACACAUUGGGUGUGGAUAGUGGAUACACUUAACAGCACUAUUUACUAUAGAGUUACAGUUCUAUCCUGGAGGAGUAAAAGGCUGCAUUAAAUAUGUCAUCCUCUUUAAAACAGAGGGAUUGUAUCUGUGCUGAUAGUUUCUCAAUUAGCUUGACGGAGUCAGAGUGAUGUAGUGGAUAGUGUGAUGGAUAGAGACUGCAGAGAUACAGUUUCAAAUUCUCUUUUAGCCAGGGCUUCACUGAAUGACCUUGGACCAAUCUCAUAAUCUCGCCCUAAAUUACCUCAUGGAUUUGCUGUAAAAAUGAAACUGGGCGAAGGGUGUCAUAUAUAUUAUUUUGAGCUCUUUCAAGGGGUUUCAAAAUAUAAAAAGAUAAUAAACAAGAAACAUAAACAUUCCCUCCUAAAGACUGGAAACAAAAUUAAAAUGAAAUAAUCUAAACCCCUGCAUGAACAAACAGAAAAAUGUAUUCACAGCCUAAAUUGUUUUGGCCACUGAAUAUAUUUUAUGUUAGUGGGAGAAUAUUGUAUAUACUUUGAAAAAGAAACAUGAUGACUGAUUGUAUAAAUAGUUUUUAAAAAAAUUAUUAAUGAAAACUGGAACAGUUCCUGCCGUAGGGUGAUUCUGGAGAACUGGUCAUUUGGCCAGAAGACUUUUUGGCUGAAAAUGUGACCAUCUGUUUGCAGCAGCUCACGUUGCAUGGAGUUAGCAGAGUUGGACAUCUGGUCUACAGUGUUUCUCAAUGGACUUCAAAAAAAUAUACGUAGUACAAUUUUGUAAAGCUGCUUUUGUUUGCAGAGCUUGUUGGCAUCAAAGCCAGGACUGGUUGACCACAGAAAUGAAUGGGAAAAAGAUAGAGAAGGGCAGGGAAGGGUACUGAAACCAUCCCUCUAGAGAAGUACUUAGCCUGUUUUUGCAGGCUUGAGAUAAAUGUUCAUGAGUUAGCAUAUUCUUUUUAGUUAUUAAUUGCAUAGUUCUAAAUCAAGUGUAAUUUUAGUGGAGGAAACCAAUGUGCUGGCAGAGUUUUCAUAGUUUCUUCAACUGUGUAAGCAGGAUUCUACUUAUGCAUUUGGUUUCUAGGCACACCACUGAUUUAUGCUACCUUAGUAUAUCCACUUAUGUAACUGAAAACUGCAUUAAAUUCCUCUACAGUGUAAUCUUGAGACUGGAGGUCAUGAAUUUGUAAGGCAUUUGUAUAUUAUGGCCAUAACUCUUUUUACUUUACAAAAGUGCACCACAAUAUUUGUCCCUAAUACAACUCUAGCUACACACAGCUACUGGGCCUAGAUGAAUGAUGCACAUUUGCACCUGUAUCAAAAAUGUAUCCUGCCAGUUCAGUGGACUCCAAACAAUGAAACUGCUAUGCAUGCAGAUUCCUUCUAAGUGAGCACAUCUCCCCUCUUGGAUCUCCAUUGCUGAUUGGGCCUGUGUGAGAGCGGUCAUGUUGCAAUGCUUUUAUAGCCAUAAGGCAGAAACCGGCAAACAUGAAGGUGUAUAGACCCAGAAAGAAAACUGCAGGACUAAUUAUGCUAACAAAUUACAGCAAAAUAUUCUGUACACUAAGGAGUAAUUUCCCAGUGAAUUCAAUGGACAAUUGCUUAUAAUUAGAUAUGUGCAAGAAUGUGCUGCAAAUAUGCAUCUGUGCUUUAAUUUUUUUAGGGUUUUUUUGUCCUUUACAAGUUUGUUUGACCUCUUGAAUGACUACUUACUAUACUGAAGUUAAAAGGAGAAUAUAUCCCUCAUGGGCAUUUCAGAACUGUAAGUGAUAGCUGUUGACACUGGAUAGGUUUUCAAGCUUUUCCCCAACAUUAUUUUCAGCAACAAACAGGUAAUAGUAAAUUUGUCUACUCCCCCCAGCAAAUCCUAUAAUAAAUCAUUUUGCAUGCUGAUAAUUGUUGAAUUAAACCCAUUAAUAAAUGAAGAAACAGAGCACAUAAAAGUUACAUAAGGAGGGCAACAGAAAAUGAUCCUUGGUUUGGUAUUCCUUUUGUUUAGAAAAAUAUAAAACAAUUGAAAUAAAAUCACUCAAAGUCUGGUA